AUGGACACUAUAUAUGGCAAGUGGGAUGACAGUUACGACUUACUACCGACCUAUCAAGAUGAACUUCUCAGAGUUGUACCUGGAAGUAUUGUUGAGCUAGACACCGAAAAAGAUGACAAUGGUGAUUUCUGUUUCAGCAGGUUCUUUGUUGCUCUCAAACCAUGCAUUGAUGGAUUUUUGCAAGGUUGUAGACCCUACAUUGCCAUGGAUGCCACACACUUGAUAGGAAAGUCUAGGGGUCAGUUGGCAGCAGCAGUUGCAGUGGAUGGUCACAAUUGGCUAUUUCCAGUGGCUUAUGGUGUGAUUGAGACCGAGUCUACAAAAAGCUGGACUUGGUUUGUUAAUAACUUGAAGAAGGCUAUUGGUACUCCUCCUGGUCUUGUCAUUAGUACAGAUGCAGGCAAAGGUAUAGAGGUGGCUGUACAUGAUGUAUACCCUGGAGUUGAGCAUAGAGAAUGUAUGAGACACUUGUGGAAGAACAUGAAGAAGAAUGGGUAUGGUAGUGAGCUUUAUGGUAAGAAUAUGUGGUGUGCUGCCAAGAGCUUCACAAUUGAUAAGUUCAACUACUUCAUGGGCAAGAUAGAGGAGAAAGAUCCUAGUGCACUUGAGUGGUUGGAUGAGCAUCAUCCAUUUGUAUGGAGUAGAAGCAAAUUCUAUAAAGAUUGCAAGGUAGAUUACAUCAAUAAUAAUCUUUCUGAAAGUUUCAAUAGUUGGGUGUCAAAAACCAAGGAUUUUUAG